AUCUGGGGGGGGGACACCCACCCCCUGCAGGGGCUUGAUAGGCAGCAGAACUGGCCAAUCUGGGGCUCAGAGGGUAGGUCUGCCAGCUGACCACAAGGAGAGCCCAGGCUUCAGGCUCUAAAGAGUAACCACACUUGAGCCGUGAGGGUCAAAGUGGCAGGCUGUGCUAAACACAGCUACCUAUCGGCUCAUCCACUUUCCGCUAGGCAAUAGAAAGCAGGCGGCUCUACCCUUGGCUAAGGGUAGGUGUGGCACUGGUGUCUGCUGCUGCUGUGCCCUCACUGGCCUCUCUACAAAAUCAGAUUCAACAGAAGGAGCAGCUGCCAUCCGAGGCUCCGUCCUGACCCAAGGCCAUUCACCAGGAUCAUGGGGCUCCCAGGUGUUCAUCUCGAGCUGGUACUGCUCUGGGCACUGGUGUGGGCACAGGGGGCAAGGUCUGUGUGUCCCUCCUGUGGGGUCCCCACACUGGCACCCCAAGCAGAACGAGCUCUGGUCCUGGAGCUAGCCAAGCAGCAAAUCCUGGAGGGGCUGCAUCUGACCAGUCGUCCCAGAAUAACUGAUCCUCCACCCCAGGCAGCACUGACCAGAGCUCUCCGGAGACUACAGCAGGGAAGUGUGGCUCCGACGAACGGGGAGGAAGUCAUCAGCUUUGCUACCACCACAGACUCCUCCAGGUCAACCUGCAGCUCCAUGCUCACCUUCCACCUGUCCACUCCUCGGUCCCACCAUCUGUACCAUGCACGCCUGUGGCUGCAUGCGCUCCCCACCCUUCCAGGCACUCUUUACUUGAGGAUCUUCCGAUGGGGCCCAAGGAGGAGGCGCAGAGGGUCCCUCGCCUUCUUGGCUGAACACCAAAUUACAACCCCUGGCUGGCAUGCCCUAACUCUGCCCUCUAGUGGCUUGAGGGGUGAGGAGUCUCCUGUUCUGAGGCUCCAGCUGGACUGCAGACCCCUAGAAGGCAACAGCACAGCUGCCGGACAACUUCAACGGCUCCUGGACACAGAGGGAAACCAGCGGCCCUUCCUGGAGCUUAAGAUCCAGCCCAAUGAGCUGGGAGCUGGCCGGGCCAGGAGGAGGACCCCCACCUGUGAGCCUGAGACACCCUUAUGUUGUAGGCGAGACCAUUACGUAGACUUCCAGGAACUGGGCUGGCGGGACUGGAUCCUGCAACCUGAGGGGUACCAGCUGAAUUACUGCAGUGGGCAGUGCCCCUCCCACCUGGCUGGCAGUCCGGGCAUUGCUGCCUCCUUCCAUUCUGCUGUCUUCAGCCUCCUCAAGGCCAACAAUCCUUGGCCCUUGGGUACCUCCUGCUGCGUCCCUACUGCACGAAGGCCUCUCUCUCUCCUCUACCUGAACCGUGAUGGCAAUGUGGUCAAAACAGAUGUGCCAGAUAUGGUGGUGGAGGCCUGUGGCUGCAGCUAGCAAGAAGACCUGGGGGUCUGAAGUAAGGAGAUCAAGUUGGGGGUUCCCAGGCAGAGGGCAUCUGUGGCUGGAAGCAUCAGAUUCCUGAUCUGUACUCCCACACAAUGGGCCACUUGGCUGUAUGACCAGGUUGACCCCCAUGACACCCAAAUGGACACUUUCUUGUCCAGAAUCCGGCCUAUUCCAGGCUGGUUGAUGCGUGGGAAUAUGGGGAAAGUGUGUCCUCUGAAGGAAUCUACCCAGAAAGUAUGAUGUCCUACCCUAAGCCCUAUGAAAAAAUAGCAGAGGCAAGGGAGGGAGGGAGGGAAGGAGCAGGCAGAGAAAAAUGACUUAGUCUCUCCCAAGAAGAGAGAGUCUUCAAGUGAGAGAAGGAAGAAGCAGACUGGGGUCCAGCAGGCUUGGGAGCAGGGGAAACAGGCCAGCCAAGUGUAAGACUGUUGAAAUGCUUUAUGGGAGGUUCAAGAGGGAGAUGGGCAAGGGACUAAGGAAAGAUGUUAGGAGGGCCCCAGAAAUGGGACUCAGGAGAGAGGAGUGCUGAGCCUGAGGAGUUCAUUGGUUUUUCCCAGUGGGGGGUCAGGGCCACUGGAGAGGAAAACAUUUAUAAUUUCCAAAUAGAGAUGGUGGGGGGGGGGAUCAAUAAACGUGAGUCAUAAAAAAGGGCUUGGGUGAUGGUCCAGCACAAUGGUUCUCAAGGUGUGGUCUGGGGACCCCUGGGAAUGUCUCCAGACCAUUUCAGGGUUGUCCACAUGGUCAAAACUAUUUUCAUAACAAUGCUAAGAUGUUGUUUGCCUUUUUACUUUCACCUUCUCAAAAGCAUAAAGUGGAGGUUUCCAGAGGCUAUGUGACAUGUGAUUACAUCAUCUCUCUGACAUCAUUGUUAAUGAAAUGUGUGCUUGUGUA